AUGGCUGGACGCUUUAUUCUCGGCUUCGGAAGCUCUUUCAACGGCGCCGGCCUCCUGAUUGCCGAGAUCGCGCAUCCUCAGCACCGAGCCAAGAUCUCCGCCAUCGUCAACUGCAUGUACGGAGUCGGAUCGACCAGCUGCUCCUGGCUAGCUCUAGCAACCAUUCGAAUCAUGGGCGACUGGUCUUGGAGGUCGCUCACCAUACUCCAGGCGUUCCCCGGUAUCUUGGUUCUCUCGCUCAUCUACUGGAUCCCGGAGUCACCUCGCUGGCUAGUCGCCAAGGAACGUUACGAAGACGCAGAGAACAUGUUAUCCACGUACCACGGCAAUGGGGAUAAAACGAAUGCGACAGUGAUUUUUGAAUUCCGAGAGAUGAAGCAGACUUUGGCUCUUGAAUUUCAGGAUAAAAAGUCCAGCAGUUAUCUCGACUUUGUUCGGACUGCGGGCAAUAGGUACAGGGUUGUUCUGUUGAUCUCACUGGCGAUGGUGUCUCAGUACAGCGGCACAAAUCUUUUCUCCAACUAUGCCAACAAGAUUUACGAGGGUGCUGGCAUUCGCGAUCAGACAAACAAGGUUCUGCUCAGUGGUGGCCAGACGCUCUUGUCUCUCGUCGUUUCGGUAUCAUUCUCAUUGUGCAUAGACCGCUUCGGUAGAAGACCACUAUUCCUCACAGCCACCACGGGCAUGGUGCUCAUGUACAUGGGAUGGACCAUCAUCAGCUCCCAGUUCGAGCGGACUCACGAUCUUGCCCGAUUUGGCUACCCCCAAAUCGCCUUCAUCUGGCUCUUCAGUCUCUCGUAUCAGAUUGCUUGGACCGGGGUCAUGGCAGCUUACGCGUUGGAGAUCAUGCCGUACAGUCUCAGGGCAAAGGCCGGCGUCAUAUCAACCAUUUUUGUCAAGGGCUUGAUCGUCCUAGGAAGCUAUACCAAUCCCAUAGCGUGGGAUAACUUCACAGCAGCCGGUCAUGCAUGGACACUGGCCAUGUUCUACACCAAUCUCACUCUGGAAGAAGUCGCCAAAGUCUUCGACGGCGAUGAGGCAAAGGUUGCAAGGAUGGACAUGGAAGACGUCAAGAAUCAGGUGGAAGAAGAAAAGAAGAGGCAGAGUCACGUCGAAGUCGUCGCUCUCUGA